GGUAAAUCCACGAUGAAGGAAGACUCUAGAAAGAACAAGUAAGGUGUUGGUGCAGUGCUGAAGUAGUUACAUAUACCCAUCACAUACUGUCCAGCUGAGGCAUGGGUGUUAAAGGACUGUGGCCAGUCCUGGAGGAUGUCAAGCAGGUGGUCACUCUGAGGUCACUGAGAGGUCAAACUGUGGCCAUUGAUCUCAGUGGGUGGAUUGUCCAAUCCCACGGGUUGAAAGACUACAAGGGCACACAUCAACAUUUACGGAACCUGUUUUUUAAGGUGAAGCGGUUUCUUAUAGAUGGGAUCAAUGCUGUGUUUGUAUUGGAUGGCUCAGAACCUGCCAGGCUGAAAUAUGAAACUGUCCGCAACAGACGGUCAGUGCAGAGUGGACACGUUGCUGAUACUGACCAGUGUGACCAGCAGAAGGGAUAUCUUGGCGCCAGCUCUCACUGCGGGGAGGAAAGAGAAGGAAUGGAUGAGAGAAUUGUUAGAAGUAAACGAUUUGAACAGAUAGUAGAGCAGGUCUGCAUAAAUGGUGGUUGAGAUUAUUUAGUACAUAUUAUGAAAAUAUAGUGAUGCUUGGUUGAAAAUGUGGAAUAAAAUUACUGAUUAUCUAUUUGUAAAAAGUUAUCAGUAAGCUCGAUCUUGCUUCCAAGAAAUUUUAUAAUUUGUAUUUAUGUUGUUACUUUUUUAGUUCUAAAGUAAGUGAUUUGUCUAAUAAAAAAAGUAAGUGAUUACUAUUACUAAAAUGUCAGUAGAUGUGAAAAGUUAUUUGAAUUUUCUUUUACAAAUGAACCCAUGGAAAGUUACUAUGAUAAUGACUGAUCUUUUCACCUAACUUAAUUGAGUCUGUGAUAGUGGCUCUGGCUUCAUACGUGUCUGAAAUGCCAGUGUAAUUGCAGCUUGGAAAGUAAAAUUUUAGAAAUGUGUACAGUGAAUGGCCAUAA